AAGAAGGCGGCGGCGGAGAAGCCAAAGGACCGUGAGGAAAAGAAGGAGAAGACGCUACCACCCCCACCGCCGGAGGAGGUGGAGAUGAGAGUCUACAUGCACUGCAAGGGAUGCGCCAAGAAGGUCAAGAAGAUCCUUAGACGCUUCGACGGAGUUGAGGACGUGAUUGCUGACUCUAUAUCACGCAAGGUGGUGGUGAAGGGGAAGAAGGCGGCCGCCAACCCGAUGAAGGUGGUGGAGUAUGUCCAGAAAAAGACUGGCCACAAGGUGGAGCUCAUCUCGCCGAUACCACCUCCUCUUGAGGAGAAGAAAGAAGAGGAGAAGAAGGAGGAGACCGAGCCACCUAAGCCGGAGGAGGAGCCGCUGGUGAUCACUGUUGUGCUCAAGAUGCACAUCCACUGCAAGGCAUGUGCUCAGUGGAUCAUGAAGAGGAUCCUCAAGAUGAAAGGGGUGCAAUCUGCAGAACUGGACCUAAAGGCAUCGCAGGUGACAGUGAAGGGUGUUUUGGAGGAGGCCAAGCUGGCCCAGUACGUGUACAAGCGCACCGGUAAGCAUGUGGCCAUCAUCAAGUCCGAGCUGGUCGCUCCGCUGGAAAGCGCUGGUGGCGACAACAUAGGAAACAAGGAGAAGAAGGUGGAAGGCGGUGACGAGAAAGAGGGCAGCGGCAACAACAAUGGUGAGGGGAUGGAUGGAGAGGAUAGGGAAAAUGACACUACCUCCAUCGCCGCGCCCAAUAUGUACAUGUACUACCCGCAGUUUGGAUUCCCUGUGGGGUACUACUCACCGCCACCACCGCCAGGUUAUUUCUAUCAGGCAGCCUAUCCACCACCGUCGUAUGCGGUGUACGCGCCGCACCACCAGAUGAUGGCGCCACAGAUCUUCAGCGACGAGAAUCCGAACGCAUGCUCCAUCAUGUGA